AUGGGAUCGGAAGAGUUGGAAGGAGAGAAGCCAGCUCUGUUACGUCCUACAAUAAGCUUUUCACGCUGCCGAUCGUUAAAAUCCAAAGUUCGAUCCAACAAUGACAAGAAAGCUACCGAUGCUACCAGCAAAUCGACUAAGACGGCCAGCAAACCAGAGUCGACGUUUAGCUCUAAUAGAAAACCCCGUCGCCAGUCUUCAUCUCAAAGCAAGUCAUUUUCAAGGAAAAGGAAUAGAAAGAAGCAGGACUUGCCUGAAGAGUUAUUGCGAAAGGUCGAAGCGAAAUUAUCACAGGAUGGAUCUCGGCCUCCUAUCCCAUCCUUCAACCUCUCUGACAGCGACGAUGACGAUAUACCCGAAGCAGUAGUCUUCAGUAAAAAAUGCAAAGUGACUACUGGAACGACAGCGGCCAAAGAAAACACAGCAACAAUCAGCGAGAGCAUCAGUUUGGACGCUCAAAAAGUUGCAACAUGCCAGGUUGCUGGCAAUGACGUCUUCACCUUUCAUGAAGGAAACGAUAACGAAAACAAAAAAGCUCCAAAUCAUGACUUGUCCAUGUUUGCCCGUAUCAAGACUCCUCACGACAAGUAUCCAACCAAAGCUGAUGGGGAGGAGAGAGCCUUCUCGGAAGAAAUGAAUCCGUCGGAAGUUAACGUGAAACCUCAGCCAAACACUGUAAAGGCUUCUCAAGAUAAAGACAGCAGUGCUCUUUGUACAGCCACAUAUGUUCAGUACCAGGGGAAUGCUUCUGGCGCUCAAGUAAUGCAAACCGAUGCCAAGGUUUCCAAGGAACUUCCUUUGACAUCCCACGUCCCUUCCAUUUCUGGUGGACCUGGCUCUGACAAUAAGCUUCCUCAGAAGACCAUGUUGCCAGUCGAGUCAAAGGGACAUCCCGCCAAGACACAGCAACAAACAUUUGUAGAGGCAUCCAAGCCGACCAAUACCAACCAAAGCGGAAACGCUGCGGCCAAGCAACGUGUCAUUCAGGCCCAACCUCCAGCGAAUCGAUUGCAAGACGCAAAGAACCAGCAGUCUCAAGGACAAGGACAGACCCCAUACGAGCAGGUUGUCCCACACCCAACAAACUACUAUUCGCACUAUCAGCUUUAUCAACAGCAGCAAAGAAGACUGCCCAAUGCUCCCAGUGGACACACCAGACCGGAUCAAAACUAUCAACAGUGGCAGUAUAGCCAUUGGAAUGGGCCGCCUUACGGCUCCUAUUAUUAUCCUUCUGUUCCGCAUCAAGCGUAUCCGACUGCGAGCCAAAAACCGCCAAAUCCCCAACAGCAACCUCAAGUUCAGAGUUUUAAGAAACAGCAGCAGAAGGAUGGCAUUUCGGCUGCCAAGCCAAAUCACAGCGCUCACGGAGCACACGGGCAAGCCAUUGAUUUGACUGCGGGCAAUGCCAUUGUAACGUCUGGAACAGUGUUGAAGUCAACGAGAACCAAAAAGGGUACAACUAGCAACCAGCAACAAAAUGUUCCCAGCACAACCUUGCCAAAAAGAGAAGUCACCAAUAUGCAUUACCCUACCAAAACAACUCCAAGCAUAGGGCACAGAUGCAAGCUCUGCAAGUCGUGCCCCUGCACAGGAAACUUGAAGGAGAACUAUGUCAAGGCGGCAGAAGAUAACGAGAACCAAGCAGACAAGCUUCGACGGGACGUCAAAAGGCGGAAACGCACUGCAAUUCGGGAACAAACGAAGUCCCUCAAAUUGGACCAGUUCGAGUCGGGACAGUACCGCUUUCUUCCGGACGGGCAUGAACUGGAGCAUCAGUUGGAAAACUUCAAAAGUGUACCUGCUGAAAAGGAGGUUGUCCAAAGCGCGAAAGCCAAAGUAUUUGGUGAUUCUUGCCAGCCCACUUUGACUCAAAUGUUCGGGUUUUGCAAUGGGAAGACCGGCAAGGAAACCGAGGAAGACGCAAAAACCAAAAAGAAAGAGGCUGAAGAUGUCAAAGGCCAAGAGAAAUCCUCAGGUGAAGAUGAAGUGGUAGUGAAGGUAUCGGAGGACAGCGAGGAAGGAGACGACGAGGGUGACGAAGAAUCGUCAGUUGACAUGUCGAUUGAGGACUACUUUGAUGACAACAAUGUAUGUGUUCCCGCUUGCAGGGUCGAAUGGAGAAGUGGAUCCAUAGUAGUGAACGACGAGCGCGAAAAUCAAACCAGAAAGACGAACUACGGGCUCUGGGGUGCUGUGGUCGCAACAAUGCUCGAGAGGGAGAAACAGGACAACUACGAGUCUGGGUUUCUAAAGUUGGUUUCCAACCAAUCGAAUCACGUAGAGGACGAUCAAGGACUCGAACAUCUGCUGCAGCUGAUGGAGAAUGUCAACUCACCGUGCCCAACCCCAUCGAAAGGAACCAAAGGCACCCCGUCCCCUUCGAGGUUGCUCAGUCAACCCAACACCCCAAUUCUUACCCAGCGGGGAAAGCGGCUAGCAGAUGACAUACAAGACAAAGUUUCCGCCGAUACCCCUCGGCUGGCAAAUGUGGUCGCGGUGUGUCCACAAUGGAAAGAGAACGUCGCCUUUGCCAUGCAGCAAAGAGACCCCGACGAUAUUCAAACGGCACUGGACAAAGUUCAGCAAUCGAAAUCACGGUUGCAGAGAAUGAAGGAAGGCUUUCUAAAGGCAUUUGAACAACACCAAAGUGCUCUUGAUGUCUUUGAGACUUCGCUGAACCGCUCCCUGGGUAGACUUGAACAUAGCGAGACACCGCCGCUUGUGGAGGUGCCGUUGGAAGCUGAAAGGGGGGCUGCGAGAGUGGUUGCAGACUGA